AGGCUUUGCGGCUCAAGAGAGCGAUAGCACGAGAGCGGACGAGGUUUGUGUUUCCAACACUUGGCCAUGUCUCCUGGGCUUGGCCUCGAAGCGUUGGCCAAACCUCGGAAGCCGGAGGAUGUCUGGGAAAAAGAUGAUCCAACACCUCUGGACACGGAAGUGCUGCCUCCUGGAGCCAGUCUCCAAAGCCCAUUGAAGACAUCUCAUCCAGCUCUUCACCAAGAGACGGAGAAGCAAGAAGUUGCGCUGGAGGAACUCAAGACACCUCGAAGUUCAUUCUACACCUUCUUCUCAGAGCUACCACCGGGUGUUCCGAUCCCACCGAACUUUAGGACACAUUCGCGUUAUGUGCUGCGCUUCGGACAGGCCCUAGAACACUUGGACGAGCAGGAGGUUGAGAAGGUGGUUUUGCGGGCACGCGCUUGGUGGUAGAAUGAGUUUUACGAAGGCAAGGAUAAUAUUAAUAUGUUCAACCUCGAUUUGCCUACCAUUGGCGCAUGGAUGAGUCUUUUGGUCAUCUUUGUCCAAGCAGCCCGCGACUUUGCUGGGCCAAACAACGCUCAACCUCCCGAGGAGGUUCUGAGUAUGGCAGCCAUUGUUUCGACAAAGGCCGUGGUGCCGAUAGCUAUUCGCUAUCCUUGUGAAUUUCCACGUCAUGCCGCUGGAUCCCAGGGCACCCCGGAUCUG